GGGCCCCCAACCCGCCCCCCUGAGGUGGGUCGGUUGGUGAUGACCGUGGACGGCCGGCAGAAGCAACUGACCUUUGGCCCCAAUGACCUGCUGACCCUGGCCACCAUGCUGGUGGGAGACAAGGUCCGCUUCAGCCUGGCCACACACCGCCUCACCAAGGAGGAGCGCGCCACCUUCAUUGAGAUCCUCCCCGACUCCUUCGAGGAGUCCACGGAGCAGCGGACGCACGGGAUUGUGAUCGAGUUUUCCGAGGACUCUGGACUCAUCAAGUGUUCAGAGAACCCUCAGCUGUUCUUCAAAAUGUCCGAGGUGGUGGAGAAGAAGAAGCUGGAGCUGAACGAGAAGGUGGAGUUCAGCGUCGUCCCGCAUCCGACAGCAGACGGAGGGAAACAGGCCAUCAGGAUCAAACGCUUCACGGAGAAAGUUUUCCUCCCGGUUCGCAAACUGAGCGGCGUCGGAGCAACCAAAGGGAAGAUGACCAUCAAGUUGGCAAAACCCCCAGACGCCACUGAAAACCAGAAACCCGAGUCAGACAAACAAAAGGCCGUGUUUAAAACGAUAAAGAAGGACACCAGCGUCUCCCGCCACAAGUACCGUCGCAGCCGGAGCAAGGAGAGGAGCAAAAGUCGGAGUCCGUCCAGAGAUCCGUUUGGCCGCGUGGCAAAAAAGAGACGCAGCGCGAGCAUUGACCGAGAACACAGCAGCAGGUACAGACGAAGCAGAGAGAGGUCAAGCAGGCGCAGCCGGAGUCGCAGCAGAAGUCGCAGCAGAAGUCGCAGCAGAAGCCGCAGCAGAAGCCGCAGCAGAAGCCGCAGCAGAGAGAAAAGCUCCAGGAAGAGGAGCAGGUCCAGCAAAGAGCGCGAGGAAAGCCACCGCAGAAGGCCGAGCCCACCGCCACGGCGAGGCAUGGUGGUAGACACUGAGCUGGCGAGAAAGAAACGAGAGCUGGAGGAGCUUAACGAGAUGAUCGCCUAUAAGAAGUCUCUGGUUGACCCCAGGGGGCUGGAGCCUGGAGGCAGGACCUGCAUCGACUAUGACCAUGGCAGGAUCAGUAUGCCUCGCUCAAUUCUCAAGAAGCGCCCAGAAGAACCAGAUUACAUCCGGCCUCCCUAUGAUGACCCUUACUAUGACCGUCCGUACGGUCCGUUCCCAGGCCGCCGCUACGGCGAGACCUACGGCAACCCGUACCCUCACCCGUAUGCAGACCGGCCGUACGACAGCCAUCUCUAUGGCGACCCUCCCUACGGCGGAGCCCCUUCUUCCAGCCAGCGCUACACUGAUCGGUAUGACGUGUACAAUGAGCAUUAUGACAGUCACUUCUACGACCCCAAGUACAGGGAACGCGCCUACGAUCCUUACCCACCAUUAAAACAAAGUAGGUCUCCAGAACCUCGUGGCUCUUCCCCACAUUCUCCACCUAGCCAAGAUGCUAACGUCUGUGCUAAACCCAUGACUCACUCAGUCUCCACUUUCAGACCUCCGUCUCCCAUCGACUCUCCUCCAAGAACACCGUCUCCCAAUCGAAAGUUCACAACUCCCCCGCAGUCCCCGCUGGCUCAGAAACCCCCUCUGCACCGAUUUCUUGACAUGCUUAACAAGAAGACUGUUGCUGAGAAGACCUCGGAACCCUUGGAUGUUAUAGAUGACCUCCUGCCUCACGAGCGAGCCCUUCAGGAUGGCAAAGGCUUCUCUCGAAUUGUAGGUCUGGGUCAAGAGCGGCCCAGCAGCAGUCUGGUCCAUGAAGUGGAGAUAAAGCAGCCAAACUCCAAACAACCCUCAGUAGAGAAAACAGGUGAUGGCCAGAAACCAGAACCCUACGAUAAGAUACAAAGUCUACUGCGGUCAAUUGGGCUCAAGCUGAGCUCUGGAGAGGUUUCUAAACUGGCCAAUAAAGCUCAGGAGAAAACCUUGAGCUUCAAGUCAUCAUCAAUGGAAAGAGAGACGUUUCCUAAGAAGGAAUUGCGGAGCGGCAGGACUGGUUCUGUGGGAUCAUAUCCACUCUCCCUCCCCUGCCAGAUCUUCCAGCACUGAACCGCUCAGCAACCCGAAGUCGGCCAUUCCAGAGUAUGAGAAAUUCUUUGACCAAGAUGAGUUUGAAGAGCAAAAGAAGGCGCAACAUCUGCAGAGCCAUACCAAGACAACAGGGAGCGCACCAUCCACCGUCUCCUCUCCAAAACCACCUCCAGGGCCGCCUCCUGCCCACUACCGGCACCCAACCCCCCCACUCAACUGGCCUCUUGGUAUCACUAGCACAUCCCACGACC